AGCAAGGGCAUAUCGAGAAAACUCCUGCCCUCACUUCUCCAUUGCUGGCCCACCGACCUCCCAGAGGGCCUCUUCGCCGGCCAGGCCAGAUCCGCCUCGAACAACGGGUCGGAUGCACCCGGGAGGACUCCGGGCACCGCUCUUGAGCGGCCUCGGGCUGGGCGGGAGAAAGCGAGCGCUUCUUUUCCCUCUCCGGGGCAACGCUCGUUAUACCCGGCUGACUCCAACGGUCUGAUUGGGGCGGGGCCUGCACCCCCCCAGACAUGGCGCGGUGCACACGGGCGCUUGAUGGCGCUGGCGUCGCAGACGCACCUUGGCGGGUGCACUCUGCGGCCGUCGUUACCGUGACCCUUUCGCGCCCGAGUCCUCACCCCCCCUCCCCCGGGGUAGCGACCGUUACCUGGGAGAGAAUCUGAAACGGUCACGGAGCAGCCGUUGUCUGGACGGGCCUUCCUCCGAUCCAGCACGGGAAGGAGGAUGGGUCUUCCACGUGUUCUGGCAUGCCCUUGUGCAUCUUUGAGGGCCUCUGGGGGCCUCCUGCAGCGCAGCCAGCGUCUUGCCAGUUCCACUGCACGCCUCGUCCAUAUUCUUCCCUUGGCAUCGCCCGGGCGCUUGCAUUUUUGUUGUUCGGCGAGGCCAGCGCCGGAAAGUCAGGGCCGUGUUGGAGCAUCGUGGGCCGCUCCGAGGAGCACGCGCGCAAGGAGCCCAGCAGUGCACGGAGAAUGGGCGUCCGAGCGAUGGUCAAGUCCUCCCCGCUCGCCAGGUUAGCAGCCACUGGUUCCACACGGCCAGCUGCCAGCUCAACCCCGCGCAGGGGCACCACAAGGCCAAGGACACCCUGAAGAACAGGAACUGGCUGCUGCAGGUGUACUACGGCAUCUACCCCCUGUUCGGGUACUGCUGCGUCGGUACAGAAGUGUUCUACAUCUUGCUCCUUGCCCUGUCCUACUCGCCCAGCUCUGCGCUGGCAAGCUUCACGUGGUACGUCUGCUUCCCGGCCUGCGUUCUUAAGAACGUGGUCAACGUGAUGCAGCUCUGGUCGGCAAUGGUCGCCAUCUCGGAGCUCGACGUUCAAGCGUCAAAGGCGUCGAAGGCCACCUGAGGCGCCGCAGACCCGCGCCGCCGCACCCCCCCCCUCACUCGCGCCCCCACCCAACUCGGCAUGGCGCGCGGUAGGCACGCCGUCGGCCGCCGCGGGCCCCCCUUGGGGCGAGUUCUGCGCUCUAGGCCGGCGCGACGAGAGAA